AUGACCAUCCAUCAAGCGGGUACCGCCGAUAGUUGGCACGGCAUCAUCCCGAGCACCGACUUCCCCGCCGAACCCGACCGCUACCACCUGUACAUCGGACACUUCUGCCCAUUUGCUCACCGCGUCAACUUUGUCCGACACCUCAAGGGCCUCACCGACAUCAUCAAAACCAGUGUUGUGCGAGCGUACCCGAAGGGAGAUCUCAAAGGCUGGCCGGGAUGGAAGUUCCCCGAAUCGGACGACGAGUACCCCGGGUCAACGGUGGAUCAUCUAUACGGAGAGGAUUACCUGCAUAAGGUAUAUUUUCGGGCGGAUCCCGAAUAUAAAGGACGGUAUUCGGUGCCGCUCUUAUGGGAUACGAAGACAGGGACAGCAGUUUGUAAUGAAAGUCUACAAAUGCUCCGCUGGCUCCCCAAAGCAUUCAACUCCCAGAUCCCAUCAUCGCUGGCGGAAAUCGACCUCUACCCUAGCCAUCUACAAGCAAAGAUCGACGCCAUCAGUCCGUGGAUGCAAUCGGACGUGAACUCGGGUGUGUACAAGGCCGGAUUCACAGACACGCAGGAGGAAUACGACCGUAAUGUGGUUCGGGUAUUCGGGGCACUGAACAAGCUUGAGCGCAUUGUCGCGCAGAAUGGGGGUCCAUUCGUGCUAGGGAAGGAGAUGACGGAGUUGGAUGUGAUGCUGUAUGUGACAUUGAUUCGAUUCGACGUGGUGUAUGUGGAGCACUUCAAGUGUAAUUUGGGAACCAUCCGUCAUGAUUACCCGGUGCUGCAUAACUGGCUCAAGGGGAUGUAUUGGGAUGUGAAGGCUGCGAGGGACACUACGGACUUCAAGCAUAUCAAGGAGAACUAUACGAAGAGCCACUGGCAUAUAAACCCGAAGGCGAUCACACCGCUAGGCCCGUACCCGGACAUCGAGGAGGGCGUGGAGAGAGAUUGGGCAAAGUUGCGAGUUGGAGGUGUGAAGCACCCGGCUGUGUUGGAACAUGAAGCCAGUAUCCCCGAUGUAAGCCAGUAG